GGAUGUGUCCGGGAUUCGAGGCCUCUCCCGUCCCUUCCCCUCCCCCACCCCCAUCGGCGAUGCCCGGAUCCGCGACCACCGCCGUCCAACCCCGGCCUCCGUCUGUGACCGCUCCGUGGUGGCGCAAGCGCUGGAGGCAUCCACAGGGGGCUACCGACGGCUGGGACGGGUUCGUGCUCACCACCGACGGCUGGGACGUCCAUCGGGGGACCUUCCCGGCAUGGAUGGUGUCUUCGCAAGGAAACGACAGCUCGCUGGUGCUGCUGAACACCCGUCCGGGUCCGGCUGCGGACGGCGCAGGCAUGGCGGAGCACCUGCAGCUGCACCUGGGGCAGGUGAGCUUACGGAGCUGGUCGAGUUUCGCUGGCUACUGGGUGGCCCGCUGGACCUUCCCAUCCGACUGCAGAUCCAGCGCCUUCUUCUGCGUCCGUUUCGGCAUUUGCACCAGCGUCGGCACGUGUGCCUGCGUCGACGAAUUCGAGCCUUCGAAACCCUGCGAGUGGCAGCGCGGGUACUUUGUGGACGGGUGCACCACCAGGUCUCACCCGCUGAGCUGCACCGCAGACGAUAGUGGCCGCCGCCCGACGACGGAGCAGGACGACUCGUUUCUGCUCCUGGACAACCUGCGAGGGCUCCCUUACAGUUCCAUCCCACAGCGAAGGGCCACGGCUGGCCGCGCUUCUUCACGGCGGCCGCGGCGUGGGGAGGCAUCAGCUGGAUCUGGUGAUGGAUGAAGAGCGGAGGGGCCCGACGCCGCGUCCUCUGCUCCUCGCCACCGGACUGCCUCGCUUUCUACGGCAACAUUAUUGCCAAGAACAUUUUUGAUGAUGUACUGCAUUCCAUAGCAGCAGCAUUGUCCGUAGCAGAUGAUGGCAAUUCACUGCUAGCACUAGCUGAAGCUUCCUUAACUUGAGUGGGAAUAUCAAUCUUAACUGAAGGUCUGAUUGCUCGAAUUGGAGCUGCCAGUGAUUCCUUUUGGCCUUGGGUUUGCGCAUCCUUCAACUAAAUCGGGAUCACAGAUGGAACUGCUUCCUUCCUUGAUUGAUCUUGCCUGGCCGUGUGCGCCGUGGAGGGCAGGCCGGAGUCUUGGACGAUGCUGGCUGUGGCGGGCGUCGACAUGGAAGGUGCUGUGUCUGACCGAUCUCUGAUGUUCUUCUUUUAAUCGAUUUUUUGUUUUAUUAAAUAGCCAAAAGGCAGUUUAACGUAUGCGUCUUCUUUGAAAAUGACAUAUAAGCGAAGUCUUUUAAAAUAAUGGUAAAUUGGCGAAACUCACUUGCCAUAAUGGCAAAUUUCCAAAUUUCUCCUCACGCAAGUCUUCGGCGCCAGGUCGCAACCGUCACGUCACCUCGCCGCCUCCCCCCGCCCGCCCUCCAGAAAUAGGGCCAGAAAAUAUCUCUCUUCCCUGGUCGGGUGAUGAGUUGUGCUGAUUCGGCGGCAGAAAGAGCGCGUAGGGUAGAGGUGGAGUGGAGGAGCGAGAGGAGUGGGCUACCCGCUAGCCCUGGUGGCGUGGUGCGGCGCUGGAGGGAAGACGUGUGUGAGAGGGAGGAGGCCGCGGGGAAUCGAGCACAGACAAGGCAGCGCAAAGCGCGCGGAGAAGAGGACCUCCCGCUCCCGCCUGCGUGGGUAGCGUCCUGGCGCAGCAACAAAGGCAGAUGGGUGGUGUGCGCCGUGUGCGUGGACGGACGGAUGGCAUGUGUGCGUAAUUAGCGACCGGGCGCGGGGGCGGGGCGGGAAGAACGCGGACGGUGGGUGCUGGUGCCGCUGCCUUCGGCCUCACCCCAUGCCGGCAGAAGGGGGUGCGGGGCUGGCCAGACCAUACGAUGGGACUUGUGAGCGACGGGCUGCCCACCCCGGAGCCGGUCGGAUCGAGACGAACGACUACGACAGUGAGCGAUCGCGCGUCGCGGGCACCGGGCACGCACCACCACUCGCGCUCGUACCCGCGGUAGGCAGUCCAGUCCACUCCAGUGCGGCUCCCCUGGUCAGGCUAGGGCCUGAUGGACCUGGCAGGCUGGCACACACGCGUUGGCGAUGCGUGUGCGCCUACUUUGCUCCUCUAUUUUAUCGUACGGCGGGCGGGGCAGCUGGCCCAGCAUGGCUUCAUUCCCACAUGUUCAACUGUUUGAUGUAUCAAUUUUUUUAUCUAUCUCUACUUCUCUACUAUCUAUUAAGGCAAUAGUGUAGACCAUCUCCGUGCCCUCGCCUCCGCGACAUCCACGCCGACUCCGCGCACACGGAGCUCUGACUCCACGAAACCCCCGCCCACCUGCGUCGGAUAGCCAACCUCCGCACGCGACCUCCGCAACCUCCGUAAACUGCUAUCGUGGCUCCAUGACAUUUGCGUCGACGACUCCGCGACCUCCUCCACCACGAUGGCUCUACCACACCGUGCGUGCCAUCGCAAAAACCUACGCAAUGUGUCGUGCGGCUCCCACCCACCGCGCCCCUGCCUCCCCUCCGCAUACGCCAUGCUUGUGGUUUCGUAUAUAUAUUUUAUACUAUUUUUACUUACGUAGCAACGCACGGACACAUAUCUAGUAUUUGAUUAUGUACACAAUAGAGCCGAAGGAUACGAAAUGACUUCGUGAUCCAACUAGUGACAUAUAAAAUAAAUUCAAGAGAGAUAUCAAUUUCCAAAGAAACACAAGCUUAUCUUUGUGUAUCGUAGACACAAAAUGGUAUAAUAGUUGUGUUAUCUAUUAUUUUUUACUACUAUAAUAUUUUGUAUCAUGGUAUUAUUUUCGUUGCCACGUACAGAUAUUUAACUAGUUAAUUAAAAGUUUAAAACACAUCCGUCGGGCGUACUCGGGUGUUGAAUGUUGUUCGUUAAAAAAAAGCACCCUCCGGUGGACACGCAUGCCGGCAUGCCGCCCAAGGAACUGGAGAAGUGGAGAGACAGCGCCGCGGCCCAUACCUCUUGCUCUUGUUGCCGCCGCGCAGCCUCUCUUUCUAACAGCUGGGUCCCAACUACUCCUGUCCCCACUUGGCAUUGUAACCAAGCUGCCGCAGCCCGCAGCGGCCACCAAUGCGGAGCGGCCGCCUGCGUCCCUUCACCUAUCCGAAUGGGGCUUAUCGCCACCAUCCAAUCGAAGCUCUGGAACCUCCUCCACUCCCAGCUUCCGCCGACGCUCGCUUCAGCUGCUGCUUUCCUUCCCAUCCUUCAACAGGUGCAAUUUGCAUUUCCCAUGGAGCUCACUGAUUAAUAACGUGUGAGCUGAACUUGCUUUUCUGUGGACAAUUUGGAACUUCAGUACUAGUUUCCGAUAGGAUUCAGGGAGAAAUGAUCUCUUUUAACAAUUUAUUUUGGAGCUCCCUUCAGCCUUCUUUCAAGUUUUACAGAAAGUGCCUGACAAACUGCCCAUAUUUUGCACUGACCAUGCAUUCAACUACAAAGCCCUUGGGUUCAUCUAUGCCGGUAAAGAGGGCGCAUUUGAAGCCACAUGCCGCAGACAUCAAGAGGAACCCCCAUGUACAUGAGCUUUACAAAUUGGUUUACCGACUUCCGGAGAACCUUAGCUGGCUGUUGGCACCACCAGAAAUUCCUAAAAGACCUGCCUCAAAGAAGAAAAAACAAAAAGACGAAAUAGUGGCCGGUAACAGCUUUGGUGUGAUCUUGGAGUGGGAGGGAGUUGUUGUGGAUGAUGAUGAUCCAGACUUGGAGCCCCGGGUUUGGUAUGUUCUAUCACUAGAAGAGGGGAAGUCUUUCCCUCCAGAUGCAUUGCUGAAGAAAAUCGAGGGAAUGAGAACUGACCAGGCUAUUGCAGAAGUCUUAUGUUGGUCAGAAGAUCCAGCAGAAAUCCAAAGGUUGGCAACACACAAGGAGGUUAUAUAUCAAAAACUUCAAGGUGGAUACUACCAGCUGCGACCACAUGUGCUUGAUUUCUUGAACACCCUUGUGGGUUUUGACAUUCCAAUAGCAAUUGCAGCUCCUCGCUCAAGGAAGAGCCUUGAAGAAGGGAUCAAAACUGUUGGUCUGCAAGGCUACUUCGAUGCUAUAGUUGCAUUGGAGGACUUCUGCUUAGGGAAACCUGAUGGUGAGAUGUUUGAAGUCGCAGCGGAGCAACUUGGUCUGGAACCAGAUGCCUGUGUUGUGUUUGGUAACUCAAACUUGACGACGGAAUCUGCACAUAACGCUGGGAUGAGGUGUGUGGCAGUUGCAGGCCGACACCCUGCCUAUGAGCUCCAAUCAGCAAACCAUGUUGUGAGAUGGCUUGAUCAGCUCUCUAUUGUUGACUUGCAGAGGCUUGCUAAUGGUGAAGUUAUUGGUCGCAGGGGUAGAGAAUCUGACAUGGAUAUGGAAAUUGUGAUUGAGGAAUGAUGAUGUUUCUGCAAAAAUGACGCACUAAUAUAUUGUUGUGCUUAUAAUCUGAUACACCUAAGUAAUGCAUUACAUUUUGUAAACAGGCCAAGCAGUGCAAGUUCCGGACUAAGGAUACUCCGGAGUUUGCAUUACCUUCCUGGUUUGCUUGUGAUGAAUUGGAAUUCGCCUAAAACUCUUUUAGUCAUUAGAGUUGGAAGUGAAGAAACUCCCACCCGUAACUUGUGUAUGUACAGUAUAUAUAUGUAUUACCUAUUCUUCCCUACA